CCAAAGUUGAUUUCCGGACACAUGGGACCCACUUCAGACACACACACACUCCGCUUCAUUAACAGCAACAGGUGCACAUCUCAGUGCUUGAUUGGCGUACAUGCGGGCCACUCGCACAGCCCCUUACCCCGCCCCCUGCACCUUUUUUGGGCCAGAACCCGACACUGGGGGUCAUGUGCGCCACCGCUUAGCACCAAAGGAGCAGAGGAGUGGGAGCAGUCCAGCAGAGUCCAUCAGACGGCACCAUGACGACGCUCGAGAGCCACAUGACGUACACCAUCCACAGUGAGCAGACGUACAUGACCCAGGAGGAUGACUGGGACCGGGACCUGCUGCUCGACCCCGCCUGGGAGAAGCAGCAGAGGAAGACGUUCACAGCUUGGUGCAACUCUCACCUGAGGAAGGCUGGCACGCAGAUUGAGAAUAUUGAGGAGGAUUUCAGAAAUGGCCUCAAGCUGAUGUUGCUUCUGGAGGUCAUAUCCGGUGAGAGGCUUCCCAAACCAGACAAAGGCAAGAUGCGCUUCCACAAGAUCGCUAACGUAAACAAAGCUCUGGACUUCAUCUGCAGCAAAGGCGUCAAGUUGGUAUCCAUCGGCGCCGAGGAAAUUGUUGAUGGAAACGGGAAGAUGACUCUUGGAAUGAUUUGGACCAUCAUCCUACGCUUCGCUAUCCAAGACAUUUCUGUUGAAGAGACGUCCGCUAAGGAGGGUCUGCUGCUGUGGUGUCAGAGGAAGACCGCUCCCUACAGGAACGUCAAUGUGCAGAACUUCCACAUCAGCUGGAAGGACGGCCUGGCUCUGUGUGCCCUCAUCCACAGACACAGACCAGACCUCAUCGACUACUCCAAACUGAGAAAGGACGAUCCCAUUGGCAAUCUGAACACAGCCUUUGAGGUGGCUGAGAAGUUCCUGGACAUCCCAAAGAUGUUGGAUGCUGAAGACAUUGUCAACACGCCCAAACCCGACGAGAAAGCCAUCAUGACUUAUGUGUCCUGCUUCUACCACGCCUUCGCUGGCGCCGAGCAGGCUGAGACGGCCGCCAACCGAAUCUGCAAGGUCCUGGCAGUCAACCAAGAGAACGAGAAGCUGAUGGAGGAGUACGAGAAGCUGGCCAGCGAGCUUCUGGAGUGGAUCCGCCGCACCAUUCCCUGGCUGGAGAACCGCGUGGCCGAGCAGACAAUGCGCGCCAUGCAGCAGAAGCUGGAGGACUUCCGCGACUAUCGCCGCGUGCACAAGCCACCGCGCGUGCAGGAGAAGUGUCAGCUGGAGAUCAACUUCAACACCCUGCAGACCAAACUGAGGCUGAGCAACAGGCCCGCCUUUAUGCCCUCUGAGGGCAAGAUGGUGUCGGACAUUGCCAACGCCUGGAAGGGUCUGGAGCAAGUGGAGAAGGGCUACGAGGAGUGGCUGCUCACCGAGAUCCGCCGCCUGGAGAGACUGGACCACCUGGCUGAGAAGUUCAAGCAAAAGUGCAAUAUGCACGAGUCCUGGACUGCAGGUCGGUCUCCAUUGGCGUCCACUCGUCUGUCACGGCGCCGGAUGACAAUGUGGAAUGUGGUUUCAGGUAAGGAGGGCCUGCUGUCUCAGAAGGACUAUGAGUCGGCGUCCCUGAUGGAGAUCCGAGCCCUGAUGAGGAAGCAUGAGGCCUUUGAGAGCGACCUCGCCGCCCACCAGGACCGCGUGGAGCAGAUCGCCGCAAUCGCACAGGAGCUUAACGAGCUGGACUACCACGAUGCGGCCACCGUCAACUCCCGCUGUCAGGGCAUCUGUGACCAGUGGGACAACCUGGGCACGCUGACCCAGAAGAGGCGGGACGCUCUGGAGCGCGUGGAGAAGCUAUGGGAGACCAUCGACCAGCUGUACUUGGAGUUUGCAAAGAGGGCGGCGCCCUUCAACAACUGGAUGGACGGAGCUAUGGAGGACCUGCAGGACAUGUUCAUCGUUCACAGCAUUGAAGAGAUUCAGACUCUGAUCACCGCCCACGACCAGUUCAAGGCCACGCUGCCAGAGGCUGACAAGGAGCGCAUGGCCACGCUGGGCAUCCACACCGAAAUUGUGAAGAUAGCUCAAACGUACGGAAUCAAACUGUCUGGAAUCAACCCGUACACCAACCUGUCCUCCCAGGACAUCAGCACAAAAUGGGACACGGUCAAACACCUGGUGCCCCUCAGAGACCAAAUGCUGCAGGAGGAGGUGGCUCGCCAGCAGGCCAACGAGCGGCUCCGGCGCCAGUUCGCCGCCCAGGCCAACAUCAUCGGACCCUGGAUCCAAACCAAGAUGGAGGAGAUCAGCCACGUGUCUGUGGACAUCGCUGGCUCUCUGGAGGAACAGAUGAACAGCCUGAAGCAAUAUGAGCAGAACAUCAUCAACUACAAGUCCAACAUCGACAAGCUGGAAGGCGACCACCAGUUGAGCCAGGAGUCGCUCAUCUUCGACAACAAGCACACCAACUACACCAUGGAGCACAUCCGCGUGGGCUGGGAGCAGCUGCUCACCACCAUCGCAAGAACCAUCAACGAGGUGGAGAACCAGAUCCUGACCAGAGACGCCAAGGGCAUUAGCCAAGAGCAACUUAACGAGUUCAGGGCGUCCUUCAACCACUUUGACAGGAAGAGAAACGGCAGGAUGGACCCAGACGACUUCCGCGCCUGCCUCAUCUCUAUGGGCUACGACCUGGGGGAGGUGGAGUUUGCACGCAUCAUGACCCUGGUGGACCCCAACAACACAAACGUGGUCACCUUCCAAGCCUUCAUCGACUUCAUGACCCGAGAAACCGCAGAAACCGACACCGCCGAGCAAGUCAUGGCCUCCUUCAAGAUCUUGGCUUCAGACAAGAACUACAUCACAGUGGAAGAGCUGCGCCGCGAGCUUCCGCUCGAGCAGGCUGAGUACUGCAUCAGCCGCAUGACCCGCUACGUCGGAGCCGAGAGCCCGCCAGGCGCCCUGGACUACAUCUCUUUCUCCAGCGCCCUCUAUGGGGAGAGCGACUUGUAAAGAACCUCAGUGAGGUGACCGGGAGGUGUGGCGCCCCCUGUCCUUAAAGAAGGAAAUCAACCUUUGUUGUACUUGUGCAGCCGCAUGUUUACACUUGUUGUGUAGAGCCCCUCACACACACAAACACACACAAACACAACACAGUGGGUCUGGAGGAGGGAUGAGAGCAGCGAUGUCAUGUUCAGAUGCAAAGCAUUGUGGGUAACUACAGGUGUAAAUAAAGCGGCAUGGGGAAUGAAGAGAAAUGGAGCCUCUUUUUGGAGUCUUAACGAGCACGAGCGCUAACGAGAUGCAUCAUCGGAAAGGUUGUGACGAUGGUACGUGGGCCUGACCUCGUUGUCGAGCCAGUUGCUGAAGUGUGACCUUCGUCUGUGCUCCUCCUCCUCCGGAAAAUAAACUUGAAAUAAAACCUGUCACAUUUUAACCAUCACAGCACUUUUGGUGUUCCAU